GACAUGUGGCUGCUCUGAAUGCAACAACUUGCACGAACACUACAAGAACACAGCACCACAUUCAUGAGAUUAUGGCGGACACACAACCCAGAGAAGGUGAUCUAAGCUGGAGGCUGAGCAGCCACCCUAUCACUCUUCUCACGUUCCUUGGAUUCCGUAUAUCUAGUUUACUCGUCUAUAUACUCGGUCUAUGGUUCACUAAGAACUUCAUCCUCGUUUUCGUUCUUACGGUCGUGCUCCUCUCAUUUGAUUUCUACUACCUGAAGAACAUCGCCGGGCGACGCCUGGUUGGCCUUCGCUGGUGGAACGAGGUCAAUCCACAAACAGGAGAUUCACACUGGGUCUUUGAGUCGGCAGAUCCAGAGACAAGAGUGCAGAAUGCGACAGACAGACGCUUCUUCUGGCUCGCACUGUAUGCGCAGCCCGCCUUGUGGGUCUUAAUGGGCGUCGUGGCUAUAAUCAAAAUUAUCAGCCUUCAGGAGUUGACGCCUCUUUGGAUAACGCUCGUCGCCAUCGCACUUGUCUUGACCGGCACCAACACGCUCGCCUUUUCACGAUGCGAUCGCUUCAGUCAAGCAAGUGGUUUGGCGUCGAGCGCUUUCUAUGGUAGUGGAUUAGCGCGGAAUGUCGCCUCUGGCAUGGUCAGUCGUUUCUUCAGUCGUUAAUCACGACGAGCAAAAUUAUAGAGAGGAAAUGAAAGGAGGCGCAGCGUUCGAUGGGCCGAUCGUCGCCCUGACAUGAUUUUGGGCGAUAUGCGGCCGUGUAAGAUAUCCAAACCGAAUGUUAAACAAAGCAUUUUCGGGGUCAAUGGGACCGUGUUGCAGACCGGUGAUGUGCAGAUCCGCGCGAUUACUGACAGAAGUUGGGCAUCAAGGCACCGGAUAACUUCCUCAGCCACGCCUUCGAAAAAGUCAAGCAGCGGACUUUCUUACCUCGCCCCAUAGUCAAGAGCGGAGUAAAAUCAUGCUAGAGGAAUCUAAUAUUCCGAAAGUCUUCUUGCUUAUCGACGAACUGAGUCAGAAUUAGACCGGAUUGCUUUCGCUUAUUGCGAAGGUUGAGCAAUCAUCACCGUAAACACUCCGCCCCUUUCACCCUUUUAGCAAAUGUGCACAUGUAACCAACGCCUCAUUUCUUUUUCACGCAAAGGAGAGACUGG